GAUUUAAUUUUUGAAGUCAGAAAACAUCUAAGUAUGGUGCCCUCUGGAAGAAAGCAUUCCAUGAAGUCUGGGAAGGCAUCAAUGGAGGAUCAGGAUGUAAGACCCUAUAACUUUGAGAAAGAAGAUAAGAAAAAUCUGAGUGGUUCAGAGGAGGAUGUUACUGAAGGAAAGACUCCAGUAAUUGAUAAGCAUUUGAAGAAAAGGCCUUCUGCAGGAAUAGUUCAAGAUGUGGGGGGUGAAGUACAGAAUAUGCUGGAAAAACUUGGAGUUGACAUUAACAAGGCUCUUUAUGCCAAGAGAAAAAGACUGGAAAUGUAUACCAAGGCAUCUCUCAAAACCAGUAACCAGAAAAUUGGACAUGUUUGGAAAACACAACAAGAGCAAAGGCAGAAGCUUAAUGAAGAAUAUUCUCAGCAGUUUCUGACUUUGUUUCAGCAGUGGGAAAUGGAUGUGCAUAAAGCUGAGGAACAAGAAGAAAAACUAACUAAUAUAUUUCGCCAGCAACAAAAGAUUUUUCAACAAUAUAGACUUGUUCAGAGCCAGAGACUGAAAACAAUCAAACAAUUGUAUGAGCAGUUCGUAAAGAGCAUGGAGGAUUUGGAGAAGAAUCAUGAUACUCUACUUACUGAUGCACAAAAUGAACUUAAAAAAGAAAUGGCUAUGUUGCAAAAAAAAAUUAUGAUGGAAACCCAGCAGCAAGAGAUGGCAAGUGUUCGAAAGUCUCUUCAAUCCAUGUUAUUCUGA